AUGGGCACCUUUGUAUGGUUGGAGUUUAUUGAUAUUGUAUUAUCUACAAACGUAUCUCGAUUACAUCACCUGCCGAUCUCCACCAAAUAUUUUAUCGAUCAACAAAAAUAUUUCUAUUUAUUAUUUGUUCAUGUAAAUACAGGUUUUAUUAUAGGAUUCACAGCAGCAGUAGCGACAGGAACAUUGCUCCUUGCAUAUCUUCAACAUUUCUGCGGAAUGUUUAAAAUUGCUAGUUACCGUAUCAAGAACACUAUACAUAUUUAUACAUUAAAAGACCUUAGUAUGCAGAAAGAGAUUUUGGUUUAUAAAGAUCUAAUUCGUGCUGUAGAUAUUCAUCGAAAAUCUAUGACAUUCUCCAACUAUUUUAUAUCCAGAUUUCAAAUCUCGUUCAUGCUUUUAAUAGCAUUUGGAGUUCUUUCUAUAAGCCUAAAUAUUUUUCGAGUGCGU